UUUAUUACUCUAUGAGCUUCAUGAUCCACUGAUCCAGAUGUUUAUGCGCUUAAUCACUUCCAUCCCAAUCUCUCUGCUUUUGAAGUCCAAAAUAAAACCCUAACUAACUGCAAUUUGCACGAUGAACAAUGAUCACCAUUCAGAAUCAUCAAAAUCAAGUACUGGUGAUGUAUCUUCAGCAACAGCAGUUCUCCUAGGAGCUCUAGCUCCCGGUGUUAAUGGAGCUACAUGGAAUACAUUAAAGUCUGCGUUUUUAAUGUUGGGUCUAUGUCUUGCUGUUAUGUUGGGUUUAGCAUUUUCUUCUAGUGAUUCAUGGUUGGUGUUUCACGUUGUGUUCCUUGUUCUAAUUUGUGUUACCCUCUUCUUGCUUCUCAGCUGGUUUCUUGCAGAAACUGGUCUAGUCUCUAUCGAACAUCAAAUGCGAGAAAUGGGCUUGGAAGUUAAGGAUCCUCUAGAGGCAAACAAAAAGAGCGAAUAACUAUUAUCUUGUUUUUUCAUGUUCUGCUGAUAUAUGACCAAAUUAGAAGAGUACAUGGUCAACAUAGAACACUAGGCUUAAUUUGUUCCAUUUCAAUUUUUGUACAUAUUUUACUCUCCUCUAUUUGACAUUGCUUCUAAAUGCCUUGUGCUGUUGCAAGUGGAAUAUAUAUAUUCUGUUUUCAUAUUUUAUAAUGAUGACUGUGUUAUUUCAUUUGA